AUGGCCCCCAAACGCGUCCUCAUCUCCGGCGCAGGAGUGUCAGGCUCCAUCCUCGCGUUCUGGCUCGCCAAACACGACUUCGAAAUCGUCGUCAUCGAGCGCUCGCGCGCCGAACAGCGACUAGGCCAAGGCCUGGAAAUCGAGGAGCCCGCGCUGUCCGUUGUGCGCGCAAUGGGCGUGCUAGACGAACUCGAAGCCCGCAAAACCGGCGAGGCGGGCUUCCAUCUCCGCGACGAGCAUGGUCGCUCCAUCGUCAAGGCUUCCGCUGGCGGCUUCAGUCCCACUGGCGCAAUGGAAAUCAUGCGAGGCGAGAUGACAGAAGUCUACUACCGCGCCGCCAACGCGCAUCCCAACGUCACCUACCUCUACGAAACGACGAUCGACUCCAUCGACCAAACCCCCGACAAAGUCACCGUGCACCUUACCACCCGCAACGCCGCCACCCCAUCACGAACCGAGACCUUCGACUUCCUCGUCGGCGCCGACGGCGAGAAAUCCCACACCCGCAACCUCGUCCUCGGCACCCCCGACAAAAUCAACUGCUACAGCCCCGUAGGCGCUUCGGUAGCGUACUUCUCCAUCCCCAGCUUGCCCUCCGACUGGCCCGAUUCCGAAGCGUGCCACUACCCCGGUCGCCGCAUCAUGUGGCUCCGCCCGAUUUCCAAGGACUCGGACUUCACUUCUGUGCAUUUGAUUCAUGUCGGGACGGACGAGGCGGCGCUCAGCGCGGCGAACGCGGCGGGCGAUCGGCGGGCGCAGAAAGCGGCGCUCGCGGAGUUGUUCUCCAGGGGUAAUCCGGGGUGGCAGGCGAAGCGGGUUGUGCGGGAAAUGAUCGACGCUUCCAACUUCUACAGCGAGGAUCUGAAGCAGGUCAAGUUGGGCAAGUGGUCUUCGGGCCGCGUCGUGCUGCUUGGCGACGCCGCUUGGGCUCCUACGCCUUUCACCGGCCAGGGCAACCAGUUGGCCAUCAUUGGCGCUUUCGUCCUGGCGCAGGAGAUGGCACGCGACCCUAGCGUGCGUGCUUUUGACGCUUUCGAGAAGCGUCUGCGCCCAUAUGUCGAGUCUAGCCAGGCGAUUCCGUUGGGCGGCUGGAUGCCGUACCUCCUCGUCCCGCAGACGCGGGCGGCGAUUUGGGCCGUGCAGAGGGCGUUGUGGUUCCUGGUUGCGUGCUUGGUGCCCGUGAUGAAGCGCGUGGGAACGUUGGUGGGCGAAGGCAGCGGUAAGGAGCAUCCUUUUGAUUUGGAGUUGGAAGGGCAGGCGGAGAUUGGGAAGCCGGACCGGUGA